GAACUGCAUCGAUGAGCAAAAUAUCUAUUGUCAAUGUCAAAAACAGACGCGUUCUGGCUGGAGAAGGCACUUUAUUUUGCGUAUUAGCAAAUAAUAAUUCAGGUGCACAAAUUAUAUCCCAUAUAGGUCGUAUAUUAAUCUAAAUAAACUAACGGAUCCAACAUGCAAGACGAUUUGGAAGUCACGGGGAUUUCGAGAAGCGGUCGAGUCAGAAAGAAAAGCUCUAAACUGAUGGAUUUUGAGUCUCCAGAUGACAUUGAAGCUAAAUAUCGGAGGCAAACGCCUGUUAAAUCCUUUAUAGGGUUCCGCCAGGAGGAGACUCCCCCAGAAUUUCAACAGGAGCCUCCGAGGCCUAUGGAGGACGCUGGCGCUGGUACCGCGUCCGGCAGUGAAUCGGACUAUUAUGAGAAUAAUGGAGAAAAUGCUGAAAGCAUGGAGUCUGACAGUUCAGCUUCAGAUGAAGGCAACCCACGUACUCCGGCCAACUCUCUCUACAUGAUGGAGAAGAGCAGCAAGAAGAAGUUGAUAGUAAAGGACGGAAGAGUUGUAGGGCGCGCCAAAGCCCAGAGAAAGGACAAAGGUAAAACCCGUAUAACGGCAUACAUGCUAUGGGCCAAGGAAGCCCGUAACGAACUGCUCAGGAAGCACCCUGACAUGGACUUCUCUGCUAUAUCCAAGAGGUUGGGAGAAAUGUGGGCUAAUGUGAACUAUAACGAGCGAUACUCGUGGCGCCGCAAAGCGAAGCGGUACGCGAUACAGAAGGAGCAGCAGACCAGCCAGCUCAGCAAGAUCAUAUCCAACCCCAUUGUGUGCGCAGACGUGCGUGGGCCGCACGCGGGCCCAGGCCGGCCCGCGCGGCCCCGCCUCAGUCCGCCCGCGCCCGCCGCCGCCCAGCCUCUAGUCCCGGUAUCGUCAGCGAACUCCGCGGGGGCGGGCAACGCUGGCAUGUACCGCGUGGCGGGCUGCGGGGCGGUGGACGUCGCGGCGCAUCUGCGGCUGCUGGGGGAGAGCCUGGCUAUCAUAGGGGAGAGGCUCAAGGAGCACGAGGGUCAAAUAGCAGUGUCGGGGUCGGUGUCAGUGCUGCUGGACACGCUGCUGUGUUCGCUGGCGCCGCUGCUGUGUGUGUCCCGCGCGCUGCCGCGCAUUGCUCCGUGCGCGCGGCUGCUGCAGGACACUCUGCACAACAUCGCCUACAUCAUGCCCGGCUUGUAAUUGUGUGUCGUCUCCGUUUUAUUGCAAAAUUAAACGAUAAUAAGUGUUGUAACAUUGUCUCAAUAAAUGAUUAUAUAUGAUAA